AGAGUAUUUAAAGACAUGCAAUCUGAGAAUAAUCUAAAAGUUCCAAUGGCUUCUUCUUUCUCUCAACUUACUAUAAUUUACUUUUUUGCAUGCAAUCUUUUAAUAUUGCUAGCUUCUGCUAGAACUUGUACAAGUUGUUACACAUCUGUUUUUGGAUUUGGUGAUUCACUUACUGAUGCUGGAAAUUUAAUACACCUCUAUCCACCUGAUAGAAAACCACACAUGUAUUUUCCUCCCUAUGGAAAAACAUACUUCCAUCAUCCCACUGGUCGAUGCUCUGAUGGCCGUCUUCUUAUAGAUCUAAUUGCACAACAUUAUGGACUUCCACUUCCACCGCCUUCAAUAGAUGCAAGAGAUGGAAGAAAUAUUCAAGCUGGAAUAAACUUUGCAGUGGUUGGAUCAAGAGCAGUGGAUGCACAAUUCUAUGAAAAGAGAGGAAUGUAUGAUAAAGUAACAAAUGUUUCUAUGUGGGACCAAUUGGAGUGGUUCAAACAAAUGCUCCCACAUUUAUGUCAUAAUCCUUCAGGUUGCAAAAAGUUUUUAGAGAGCUCCUUAUUUCUUCUUGGGGAAUUUGGAGGCAAUGAUUAUACACAUUCACUUCUUUCAGGCAAAAAUUUAAAUGACAUUCUACCUAUUAUUCCAGUAGUUGUCCAAUCUAUUGCCUCAGGUGCUCAUGAAUUAGUGGAGCUUGGGGCCAAGACAAUAAUGGUACCAAGUGUAUUACCAUUUGGAUGUGCUUCAUCCUAUUUGACAUAUUUUGAGAGCUGGAAUGAAGAUGAUUAUGAUGAAAUAGGUUGUCUCAUUUGGCCAAAUGAGUUUGCUUCCUAUCAUAAUGAACUUCUUCAAAAGGAAUUACAUCGACUUAGAGAGCUUCAUCCCCAUGUCAAUAUUAUAUAUGCUGAUUAUUACAAUGCUGCAAUGCAACUUUAUCGGGCCCCUCGCAGAUACGGAUUUUUGGAGGGUGCACUUGUAGCAUGUUGUGGAGGUGGAGGUCCAUAUAAUUUCAAUAUUUUUGCUCUAUGUGGCAUCUUUCCAGCAACAAGUUGUGAGGAUCCUAACCAAUAUGUUAAUUGGGAUGGAUAUCAUUUGACUGAGGCUGCUUAUCGAUGGAUGACAAAAAGUUUGUUGGAAGGCCCAUUCACUUAUCCUCCUAUCAAGAAUUUGUGUCCUUUUGGUAUUAAUGAGGCCCAAGUUUCCCAAAUUUAGAAAGCCCAAAAAUAAAACCCUUCAAAAUA